AUAGAGUCGCAAAAGAGUUGGACAUGACUUAGCAACUAAAACAACAACCAAACAACAACAAAAAAAGACACUAUUGGAGAGAACUGGGGGAGGGGAGAAUGGCUGAGAGCAGGACCAGGGAUAUUUUCUCAGAAGCAGCAGCUAAGCUGGGCCCCAGAGGUCGAGGAAGUAGCAGAGGGAAGAGAAGGGGAAAAGUAUUCCAGGCUGAGGGAAUAGAAUGUGCAAAUGUCCUGAUGCAGAAGAAUGUUUACUGACCCGGAGGAAGGCAGGCCAGGCCAGUAAGACCAGUUGCCAUAAGGGAAGAAUAAUUGGGGAUGUGGUUAGGGGAUGGCUUGGCCAGGCCAGGAAGGAGGAUUUUACUUUGAGAACAACAGGAGGGUAUUGCAUGUUUUCAAAACAAGGGAACGAUAUGCUCCCAUUUCCCUCUUAAAAAGAGCACAUUGACUGGGCAGAGAUAGGCAGAUGUGACCCCGGGGAAGCGGUUUUAGGGAGGGUUGUAUUGUACUGCACUGUGUCCGCCAGGUGAGAGAUGCUGGUGGCCAGGCAGUGGGAACAAGGAUGGAGUUGCGAAAUAUGAGUGAUCUCUCACAUUCCUUUGUAUCACUUACCGAAAGUGCUUCUUUCAAAUAUGGAAGGACAUACUCAUGCCUAAGGGAUACCUGGAAUAAAUCACAGCCUGCACAUAGGAAACGGAGUGCAUCACAACGUCUGUCCAUGGCCCUUGCAAACUUCUGCCCCAUAAUUCUCUAAGAACACAGAACAUACAUCAGUCAUUGCUCCCUUCAGCUGAUGUCUGUGGAAUAUCUAUUAUGAAUAAGGCAUUGUGCUAGCUAUUGUGAGGUGACCCGUCUAUUUAGAAACAAAGUAAUGGAUGAAAGGUAAUCGAUGAAAAUUUUGAAGGUAAGAAAAAUAUAAGGAAGAAAAAAUCUGAGUAUACCAGCCAUGUUAACACUUUAAGCUUAUUUAUUUCCAGGCUUUUUUCAUUUUCUUCUACAUAUAUUAUUUAUUUAUAUAUGCAAAUUGGGAUCAUAAUACAUAUAGUUUUAUGUGCUCUGUAACUAUUAUGUGCUUAUGUUACUUUUAUUAUAAGAUACUGUGCAUGAAAAACUGCUGCAUAAAACAUGCAAAAUUUAAAGAAUAACAAAAUAUGCACUUAAUCACCAGCCAGGUAAAGAAGAAAUAAUAUUACUCCCCCCACCCAACCUUGUCUGGCCUUCCCUCCACUCCUUAAGGCAGCCAAAUAGGGAAAGAAUUCAUUUUCUUAAACUUGUUCACCUAUUUUAUUUAAAUUGCAGCAGGACGGAAAUAUGCCAACUCUAUCCAAUCUGACACAGACACUGGAAUAUGUUUUCAAAAAGAUUUUUAUCUCUUACAUGGAAAACUGGCGCAGGAACACAACGGUUGAGCAAGAGGCCCUGCAAGCCAAGGUUGAUGCUGAGAACUUCUACUACGUCAUCUUGUACCUUAUGGUGAUGAUCGGAAUGUUCUCUUUCAUCAUUGUAGCCAUCCUGGUGAGCACGGUGAAAUCCAAGAGACGAGAGCACUCCAAUGACCCAUACCACCAGUACAUCGUGGAGGACUGGCAAGGAAAGUACAGAAGUCAAAUUGUGAACCUAGAAGAACCAAGGGCCACCAUCCAUGAGAACACAGGUGCAGCAGCACUCACAAUGUCUCCUUGAUCAGAGGUGGAGGCAUGGAGUCAACAUCUGAUAUGCAAAUAGGAAGAGAUGCUGGUUCCAUGGAGUCAAUCCAAGUUGUCAUGCUUCGAAGACACUAAGUUCCUCACUCUGUGUUGAGAAUUUUCAUCGAGAUCCCGUAGUUGAUCAGCUAAGAGGACAUUUCAAUCUCAUGCUUCACGUUUGCUCUGUGGAGCAAUAAUUUAUGUCGAAGACCUCUUUUCCUUUCUAUGCAAUGUCAGUGUCAUUUUAAUCAAUGUCAAUAGUGAAAAUAAAAUCAAAUUUGAAGUAAUGUGCCUGGGCAGUGGCAGUGGGGAUAGAAGGGAGAAAUUAACAAAUCAUUGAAUAGUCUCCCUUGUGAAACAUUAUUCUGUACGUUUGACUGAUUCAAUUUAUAAGUAACCAAGGUGUAUUAUUCAGAAAUGGAGGUUCAAAAACCUAUCACUUGCUCACUAGAUUGAAGUAGGAGCAUUUAUUUAUUAAUUCAUGAAUAUAGAGUCUGAAGUGACAAAUGAACAGAACCACAGGUUUCCUUUAUGUGUAUUGCUUCCUUGGCAUUGAGCUUAUUUGGAAGUCGGAAGACAGAACCAACAUUUCAUAAGGGCAGAGUCCACACCAGAUAAAUAGAAUCUUUAGGAACUACCUGGUAUAACAGAAACAUAUUUUUAAUUAACAUUUUAAAUUUUACAGAAGACUAACUUAAAAGUUCUUGUUAUUAUAGAAAAAAAAUAAUAAUAUGUGAAAAUGCUGCUUAAUAAACCACUCAUUAUUUUCACUCAA